UAGGUGCUGCCACAGAGCGCGCGUGAACAAAAAAAAAUACGACGACGAGAAAGCCGCGAAGGACGAUGCAUUCCGCGCACAAGUACGACGCCAAAGCCGCGAAGGUCGAUGCCGCGCAAAGUACGACGACGAGAAAGCCGCGAAGGACGACGCAUUCCGCGCACAAGUACGACGCCGAAGCCGCGAGGGAGGUGCCGCGCAAAGUACGACGACGAGAAAGCCGCGAAGGACGACGCAUUCCGCGCACAAGUACGACGCCGAAGCCGCGAGGGAGGUGCCGCGCAAAGUACGACGACGAGAAAGCCACGAAGGACGACGCAUUCCGCGCACAAGUACGACGCCGAAGCCGCGAAGGUCGAUGCCGCGCAAACGUACGACGACAAGAAAGCCGCGAAGGACGACGAAUUCCGCGCACGAGUACGACGCCAAAGCCGCGAAGGACGAUGCCGCGCAAACGUACGACGAAGAGAAAGCCGCGAAGGACGAAUUCCGCGCACUAUGCCACCUAUGCCCACGUAUGCCACCUAUGCCACUUAUGCUGUCUUCGUCCCUUUUUCCUGGUGCUGUCCAUCACUUUCCGCCGUUACUGCCGUCGUCUCCAUUUGCUCCGCUUUUUUUCUUCUUGUUUUCCGGUGUCUGUUUGCGUGCGUUCUGCUGGGUAGAGCGUACUCUGUUGUUCGGUGGUGUCUGGCGGUUUCCGCCUUCGUCAGGCGUUGGGGAGCGGUCCGGCCAUCCCAGUGGAUGUUUCUUCGAGGUAAAGGCAGGAUUGAGUUGGCAGUGGCAGUGGCACUGCUACAGCCACCGGGGGUUGAAGGGAUGUGGGGGGGCACAUGGGGAUAGCGAUGAUGGUAGAGCCGGUGGUGGGGAGGGGAACAACGCUCUGGUUGUGUAGGCAGCAGGAAUAUACCAUCGUGUCACAUGUACAGCGGCGAUUCUUGACAGCAAAUGACAACCCAAGGCGCCGAGCUUGUAUAAUUACGAAGGCUACUAGAAACUUAAGGAAUUUAUUCCUUUCCCAGGGUUGUCAUUCCAGUCAGUUCCAGCUCAUGUGGAUGGUGUUCCUGCAGAAGUCCUACCUGUACCAGGGCAAUGUUGUUCCUCCAAUCCCCGCCACCCGCUCAACCGGAGUUAUCCUCGCCCUUUCCAUGUCCUGGAUCCCCCACCGGUUGUAGUCAGUGUCAUG